AUGCAAUACCCUCGGACAGACUUACAGUCUUGGACAACGAAAUUCAACGGCGACAUCAAAGUUCUUCAACGAGAGGUACCCAUAAUUCAUAAUCAGUGGAACUCCCUCGCGCCUUUCUUUGAAAGCCACGGGUACUAUCUUUAUGAGAGCCUCGACAAGGCCCUCAAGUUCAGCCUGGCUGCUAGGCCUCGACAAUCAUUCGAGUGUCAAGAGUACAUCAACGAGCCAGAAUACCCUUACGCACGCCGUGUAAUUGCCAGGGAAGAAGUUGUGCCUUUCCAUGACAUUCAGAGUUUUCGUGUCUGGCCAGCUCAAGAUAAGUUCGGCCGGGAGGUGAUGAUAAAGAUGAUUCAUACCUCUGACAUGCCCGACGCGAACGAGCUUGAGGUACAUAGGCGCUUGAACACUCCGGAAGCUCGGGCAGAUCCCAGAAAUCAUACUUUACCCACCCUCGGGUAUAUUGAACAUGAAGCGGUUGUUUUCGCAGUUAUGCCACGAUGGGGACCAUCAUUUGUUGGACUUAGGUUCUGCACUGUCGGGCAGUUGUUCCACCUUGCAGAUGUGUUGUUCGAGGGACUCGUCUUUCUCCACGAGAAUAGAAUUGCACACCGAGACAUUGCAUGUCAGAAUACGGUCAUGAACGUGCUCUACCAAGAGUUUAGAUACCAUGGCCCUGACGCACACCUCCUCCGCAACCCGCCUGAGGUUAGAUAUGCUUAUAUCGACUUCGGUGCAUCGUUGAUCUUCCCCAUGGACACCGACAUCGAUACUGUAAUCCUCGAGAGGGAAAGUUGCAUGGGGUUCGAUUAUCUCGGCAUCGCAGGGGGUCGGGCGAAUCCCUUCAAAGACGAUGUUCUCGUCUUAGCGCACACUCUGCAGAACUGGGUUCGAGUGAUUGAAGAUGUGGUCCCCGAAAUUGGCCCAUACUUUGACAACAUCCUAUCUGACUUCAACGACCCACCUUCGGCCGCUGUUUGUCUGGAGAGGCUACGAGAGCUCAAGAAGCGCGUCUCCGACGACGUUCUGAAGUCCGCCCCUCAGGCCAUGCUUUGGAAAGCUGGACGAGGAAUGGGUCUUCAGAAGUAUACUCCAGGGCAGCAUUACUAA